GUGAUCAGUCGACCUCGGGCUACUGAGAGGAAUGGUUGUCAGGUAGCCAUUUUGUAUGUGUCAAACUUCGCGCCAAGUGUUGUGAUUACAACUGUAAUGUCACUCGUAUAGUGCAACGAACGUAUUUAUCGUAUGCAGAUUUUAUUGAAGUGUUUAAUUAUUAGAUAUUUUAUUGUAGAGUUUCUUAUAACAUCUGUGAUAAGUGAGUGCUUUUUUUCUUUAGCUUUUCAUCUCAUUGCCGGAUGCGUUUUUUCGAAUAUUAUGCGGCUCCGAACUACACACUAGAAGAAUUGGCGAAAUACAAAUGGGCGUUACGAUAAAAAACCAUCUCUAGGAGAUAAAUAUAUCGAUGAAAAUAUUAUAAUCGAUACAAAAAACUAUCGAGGUACCAAGCUGCGGGUACCUCACUAACCGAUGUCCAAUGAAACAUAUGUGAAGAACGCUCAGAGCGAUGUAGCACCGAAAGAGAAAGAGAAAGAAAAAGAAAAAGAGGGUAAACAGAGAUCUGUGUCGUUUAACAGAGACGUUCACGUUAAACGUUUCGGUAAACCUCGCGAACGGAGUCAGACGGAUCAGGUACCAUCGAUACGGAAGGAGCCCUUCACACAUUUAUCAGAGAAGGAGCUCAUCGAGGAAGCGAAUAAAGUAAUAGCACAGGCACAGAGCGUCACAUGCACAGCUGAUCAUCCGCCGGAGAAAUUCUUCUCUUUACCUCAUAGAAGGAAGUUCAAAGAAGACAAGAACAUAAGAAGAAGUAGUGACGACGCAAACACACCAGACGCUACUGGAAAAACAUCACUUGGAAGAUCCACGAGUGAUGUGAUCCCAAAGAGGAAAAAAGAAAGAACCUCUCUAUCAACUUUGUUUAGAAGGGCGCAAAGAACCAAAAGCCCAGAAUCACCUGUCGUUGUGACAACGAAACCAACCGUUGCCGUUAAAAGAAGCAAAAGCGACGUAACAGAUCUCAAAUCUAAUACUAAUCUCAUAAAAACGAAACCAAUACGAAAGAGAUCUGGAAGUGAAACAGAGGAAUUCUUAAAGUCGUUACGUAAUAAGAAAUCUCAACUAUCCCCAAUAAUAGAAAACUCUCCAAGAGAAGAUUAUUUCAAGAAGACAUCGCCGCUAGAUUUGCUUUACGAAGAGAAACUUCCUGAAAAGGACAAUUUUAAAUCUGAUGAUCAAACUUCAAUUGAUAGCAAAAAAGUCAAUCCUAUCGAAAAACCACCAAGAUACAAAACUCCUGAAAAACAAGAUCCCAAACCACCGUUAAGAAGUAGAAGGGGCAAGUCUGCUGAAAAGGAGAAAUCUCCUAUUAUUUCUGAAACUCCUAAACGUAAAACCGAAAUUAAAAAGACUAUUCUCGUCGAUGAAAUAGACUCAAACAAGUUCAAGGAUAACCCGCUAGAAAUAAAGGAAAAAAUUAAAGAAAGCAUUCGUAAAAUUGAAGAAAACGUCUAUGGUGGUAAAGAAAUGAUACACAGUAGUCAAAUACCACCCGAAAAACCGCCGUUAACUAGAGGACACACUGUGGGUCAUCUCGUACGGAUUUUAAAGGAAGAUCAACAGUCACCUUCGCCGAAAUCCCAUUUAAUAGCACCACUCAAUUCAACAAACAUUAACCAACCCUUCUCUUACACGAAGCCAAGCGCUAGUCCGGAUCCAAACUUAUUUGUAAGGAGUACCAGUCCGGAUAGAGUACCGAGUCCUGUUAACAAGAUGACUGAUAAAGGUGUUGUCUACGCUCAAGUGAUGCGUGAUACAGACAAUCACAACCAUUUCCAUAAACCAGCUCAUAAGCUUCACUCACCUUUAAAUAAUAAAUUUGGUAAUCUAUCUGACGAAGACGAAGGUCUUGGUUAUGAGGAUAGGCAUAAGUACUCUUCAGAGCGUAUAAUGGAUUAUGACUAUAAAAUUAACAAUCGCAAGUUUAAUGACUCUUAUAACGUGCAAGAGUCACCGAUUAGGCCAAGAUUUAAAGAAUAUAAACUUAUGAGUUUCGAAGACAGCGAACCGACAUACGCCAAUGGUUUAAACGGCAAAGAAUUUGAUGAUCAUAAACCAAUUGAAAGUUUCAGAGGCAGGGCGGAUGGGAUGGACACGAAAAAGAAAGUAUAUGAAUCUGACAAUAAAAUUGAUUUGGACUUCAACGAACUAAGUCACAGAAGAGAGUUGCUGGAAUCACGAUUGAACGCUAGAAGAUUUGAUAGGGAAAAAAUCAAUUUUGAUGAGCCAAUAUCAAAAUAUCUAGUAGAAAAUGAUCCCAUUUACGAAGCAGAAAAACGUAUGAAACAAACAGAAAAGUACGUUAAUGAUACUGUAAAAUACUAUCGUCACACGUUAGAAAGAGACGGAGUGGAAAGUACCUUGACUGAAGAUUAUAAAUACGAUUCUGAUAGUCACAAGGUUAAAUAUAGCACGGAAUCGAGAUCUUAUCACAAAACACCCAUAGCAGAAAUGGACAGGCGAGAGUUUAUCGACAACUUGGAUUCCGAGAGAUUCAAAACACGCAGAAAGAUAUUUCCACCCGAACCCGAAUAUGAACCACCGAGUCUUGAAUCUAAUCCUGGAAAACCUAUUUCAUCUCCCGAUGAAUACAAAGAAAAGAAAUAUAAAGUUAAAAAGCACUUUGCAUCUAGUCAUGAUCUCGUACAAAGUGGCCAGAAAUAUAAAAUAAGAGACGAUUAUUUUGGUAAAAGAAAGGGUCAUUAUGCAUCGAAUCCAGAAAUUGCGCAAGAGAGAGAAGAGGACUACGCUAAUAUUGGAUAUAAUACGAAACACGAGUCAUACCAUAACUCAUUACGCCGCUUGAAGAGUAAAGAAAAAGAUCCCAGAAGCCAUACCAGCAUAAAUCGACACGAUUCGGGCGAUAGUAGGGAUUACUACCUUGAAGAAAGAUCUCCGCGUCGUUUUGACUUCGACAGCCGCUUAGUAGAUUCGGGAAUUGAAAAUGACUUCAGGCACAACUCCAGUGGAGAAAUUCAUAGAACUAGAAAAAGGAGACCCGAGAGUGACGACGACGUUAGAGAUACGUCCAUGUUUUUAGCCAGCGAAAGGCAGCACACUGAAGAUAACUAUCCAAGUGAGCAAAUAUACGCUAACAACCCUCAUCUACUACACUACAAAGACUAUAGAGGCAGUGACAGGAAGGAGUACAGUCCCAGAGAUAGAAACGCUGAUGACGGGUCGCUUUUGGAUCCUAAAGUGCACCGAUAUGACAAAAGUCCCAGCAGCCUCGAAGAUAAAGUCAGUGCGAAGCCGCCGAAAGCAACAAAGAAGCUUUCUGGACUCGAAAAGAUGAAACAGCUGUUCUCUCGCGACUCUUCCAAGAAGAGCAAGAAAGAGAAGGAAAUAGUCCAACCGAAAAACCGCACUCGGGUACUCAAGAGCCCCGAACAUCUUGCAAGAGACGACCCUGAAUACAGACGAUACACGGACCCGGAGCCCAGCGACAUAGACGUUAGGAGGCGGGACGAUGCUAGAGAUGUGAAGAAAUACACGCGCUCGAGGGAGGACUUAGAUAAAUAUAGAAGUCCGGCGAGAGAGAGCGACGCGAGAAGACAGGAGAAAUAUAGAGAGGCCGAGUUUAAGGGGAGUUACGAUAGAACUUUGAAAAGAGACAGCAAAUACAAGGAACAGCGAGACGACAGGAGAAGGUAUUCGUCAGAGAGAGACAGCGAACGCGCGUCAGACGCGGAGACCGAGAGACGUACGAGAGAUCGCAGGGCCCUGGAUUCACCAGCGCUGGCUGAGAGAUACCGCGAGAGACGGCGCCUGGCCACUCCGAGCCCUACACCGAGUCCACCCAGGCGGGAAGCUUCACAGUCGAGCUGGUUUAAAUCCUUGGACAGACUUGGAAAGAAGAGAGAAAAGAAUAUCAAGGCUGAAAAAGACAGCGUCAUCACAACAGAGGAUGACUCCAGCCGUCGAGUCUGGAGCAAGCAGACAAAGCCGUUGAACUCGCCAGCCAAAAACCUGAGAUUCUUCGGUGAUACCGACCAAGAAUCUGAAACAAACGUCAAGGUCACUAAAACGAAACGGCAAACUAAAAAUCACGGAACCCUAAGGAAGACGAUCUCCAACUCAAGCACUGGCUUGGACGAGGUCGAUCACAGCCAGCUGUCAAAUAAAAGCUAUUCACUGACUAACCUGAGAGACAACGAAUCGCCGAAGACGAAGGAAUAUUAUAAGAAGAAUCUGAAAAACAUAUCCGAGGCUCAGAGCAAUUCGGAGAAUGAGAGCCAAGUCGGCAAAAAGUUCGCCAGCAAGCCACCCAUCAGCCCGUACGACAGGAGUCGAAGCCACAGCAGCUCCAAGACGCUGAAGGGCUCCCAGGACGUGAGGAGAGUCGGGAGAAAUGACGACAGAGGCAGCUCAUCAGAACUGAGGAUCAGGAAAGAUAACAGAGAGCUAAAAGCGCGAGCGUCCGACAGCAGUGCGGAGGACUCGUCACAGCGCAGCGUGGUGUUCCUGCACGCCACCACCGUGGGCGACAUACCCGACCCCGGCCAGAUGACGAGGAACCGCUCCAGGGACGACGUGUCCUCGGUCAUGUCUUCGAACGUCCAAGUUCGCAGCACCUCUAAGAGCUUCUCCCUGUUCGCACCGUGGACGCCGAAAAGCUACAACGACCAAUACGACGUGCAUUACGCGCAGAAACCCAGGCGAUCCGCUCCCAAGGACAGCGCGUACAAAAAAACUCCCGCCAAAACCCUGACAGAUGACAGGCCGCUACAGAAGAACAAGUCAUACAGCCACACGGCGCUCAGCACCAGACCGAGCAGCCAGGGCAAUAGACUGACGAGCUCCAGCACGGCGCUGUACAGGCGGGAGAAGAGAAACAAGGAGAGCGACGCGUCGCAGAGCACGAUACCGCGGAAGACUGCGGGGAAGAAGAGUCAGGCCGGCGACGAGCUCAGCGGGGACGGGAGGGGGCGCGUGGCGCGGUCCACGUCCGUGCCCAAGGACAAAAGGGCCGGCUGGUUCAAGAUGUCUUCCAAAAACAAGAAAGAGACAACCAGAGUGCGAUAAAUUACUUUAUCGAAACGAAGUCUUCCCAAUACAGUCAGGCGAAACAUAAAAAUAUAUAUAAUUUAAAUUCACCGAGCUGUUAGUUUUAUGAAGGGGCUCUGAAAUUAAAAUUUCUCGUGUUUUUCAUAUUAUAAUAAUUUUCAAAGCUUACAUGGACCUGUUAAAAUUUUUUUUCAUAACAUUUAUUAAUUAAUAUUCCUAAUAAGGACGACGACGAAAAUUCGUUAUUUAUUAAUAUUAUAAACGUUUGGACUUAAUCUGUGUAAUAAAUUAACUUAUAUAUAUAUAUAUAUAUAUAUACAAAUGAUACUGGAGCAGUGCCAUUUGCAUAGCGCGUUACCGUUUAGCUCGUAGUCACUACAUUAAAACGAAUUACUUAUAUAUAUAAAGAUGCUUUUAUAUCACUAAUAAGAAUAAUCCGAGGAUGUAUUUGUUCAUGUAUUUUUGCUUAUAAGAUUGUUAAAAACCUAAUGCUUUUGUACUUAAAGUUAUAGUCGUUGGGUUGAUGUAAUAAUAAAAUAUAAUAAAAAUUAAAAGUAAUGAUA